CUGCACGCAACAGAUGCCAUUCCCCCGAAGAAAGUAGUGAUUAAGUUGGUACUAACCCCGAAUGGCAGUUACAUGUUCGCCAGUACGUUUCCUUGUCGGUUCUAUGUAAAGCAUCGGGGAAUGUUAUAAUUAUGCUUCGCAGUGGCCAGAAUCAAGGGCAAUUGCUGGCCCGGAGCCUUGCGCAGCUGACCCGGGGAAUAGCCAGUUCAAAAAAGACCACCAGAAAGCAAGAGAAACAGAGUCCUAAGCUGCCAAAGCGCCCGGUCGUUGAGAUGCCGUUGGAGGAGCCCCUUAAUGCCAAUUAUUUGUCUAAAACUCUGGGUAGCAACUAUAAGGCCUGGGUGACUGCCCUGGAAAAGCACCCCGAGCUGAAGACGUUGAAGCGCAAAGACCUCAUAAACUCCUACGACACGCUAAAAUCCCUAAAGUAUAGCGUGGACGACAUCCUAGGCAAGCCAAUGAUCAUCUACUACGGAGCUACCACACUGGCCAACCGGUACAGUGUCUUGCAAGAGUGUGGCUUCCACAACGUAACCAUCCAAACGCUGGCAAAAUAUGUGACGGUGGUCAAUAAACCAAUAGAAGUCCUCAAGUCACACAACUACAUCCCUUUCGAUGUGAAGGUGGCAGAGCGUCUGGCGGGGCUCUUCACGGAUAUUAACCUGUCUGUGGAUAUGCGGGAGUUGGACAACGAAAGCAUCACUUUGAAGAGCUUGAGGCAAUCCCUUCUGAACGCCUACCUGCGCGAACGCUUAAAAAUGGAUGAAAGUGACCUGCAGAAGCUUUGGCGCGUCUACACCCGCGUCCGUCACAAGAGCUUUCGGGCCGUGCAGGACACUGUUGAACUUCUGACCAAUGAGCUAAAUUUUAGCGCCGAGCGGAUAAGGAAGAACUGCUUUCUGCUCUACUCAGACGCGGAUAAUGUGCGUCGCAUCCUGCGAGAGAUACCUACCAUCGACUCGCAGGACAUCCGAGAAAUCGGCUUCCGACGUCCCAAGAUACUGAUGUCCACCUGCGAUAGUUUAAAGCAAACCCUGCAACAUGUCAAUGCGUUUGGCAUCAGUGAGGAUGCCGUCCUGCGCUGCCUGGAGGUGCUCACCCUGGGACCGGAUACGGUGCUAGAGAGAUUGAGGGAUCUGCAGGAGAUCGAAGAGUUUCAGGUGCUGGGCACCAAUCCGCGAGUACUGCGAUUGGUGCACUACCAAAACAAAGCACGGGUGCGUUUGGAUUACCUUAAUCAGCUGAGGGUCCGCUGCGCCUCCCUCCACAUUCUCUCCUGUGGGUCCGAGGCGUUUGCUAAAUUUGCCAGAGAUGGUUCAGAUCGCACUAAAGGUCGCGAUAUUGUGGUAUACUUGGGUAAGGUUUUGUCCAAAGAUGUACAAGUACUGCGCAAUCUGCUCUCCCGUCAUCCAAACUGGUGCCAUAUACCUUUGCUGCAUGUAAAACAAUGUCUGGAGUACCUUCGUGCCAAGAAGUUUAAGCUGAGUGAAAUCUUUGCCAACAUACACUUGCUUCUAUAUCCCAUCAAACGCAUUGAAGAAAAGCUGCAUCUGCUGCAGUUGCCCGAUGCCCAAGAAGAAUUACAGUUGCCAGUGGCGGAUUUCCAUUCACUGAGCAACAACGAGAUCCUGACUCUCAUCCUCUACCUAAUCGAAUCUGAGUUUCACUUUACUGGUGAUGGAAUCUGGACAGAGCAACACACACAUCACGUGGAAAACUUUAACAAUCUGCUGCCUGACUUCCCCGAGAGUCUCAACAAGGUCUACAAAUACGGGGUAAAACCUGCCGAUAAGCUGGUCAUGCAGCAUUUAUAGGCGCCCCCAAUGGAAUUGUAAAUAGUUUGUUAUUAGAAUUUGCAGAAAUAAUGAAAUCCAACUUUAAA